CAAUGGGCAAGGUAAUGGAGCUGCAAGCAGUUUGUCUCCAGAACAGCUGUCUGUUCUUGUCACAUCUCUUAACAAGAUGAAAUCUACAGACACACAAGAUCAACAAGAGCAAAGCAAACAGGCURAUGUUCAAAGAAAAAGUGGAAGUGAUCAGGCUUCUUUGAGCAAAACAAAGGAGAGUGAAUAUCUUGUUAAGAGCAAUAAACAGGCUGAUGAAGUACAACAAAUGAGAGAAAUAGACAAUCAAGUGAUUUCAAAGAGAAAAGCUAAGGAACUGGAAAAACAAAAGGAAAGAGCUGCAUUUGAAGAUUACAAUCCCUGGGGCCGACCUGGUGCUGGUGCACCAAUAAGAAGCCAGUCUGGUAAAGUGUUAGCUGACUAUCAUCAUAGAGUUCCCAAGGAAUCAGUGGAAAUGUCAAGACAAGAAAAGUCAGGUGUAUUAAACCRUAGUUCAGCUUUCCCAGGGCAGUCACAUCCCACUCCUGUAGCUACAAUAGGCAGCAGUACCAGCAAUGYGGACACAACUUUGCCCGUUGCAAUGAGAAGUUCAUUUGCUGCUGGGGCACCUGGUUUGGUUUCAAAUGACACUCAACAGAAAAGACUUCAAGAAUUGCAAUGGAAACAAGAGUUAGAAAAACAAAUYGAAGAAAAGAAACAAAGAGAAAGGCAAAGAAAACUAAAGGAAGAACAAGAAGAUAUACUGAAUCUCUCUUGGGGCAGUAAACAUACUCAAGCAACUCAAAAAGACACCARGCCAAGUGAAGUGAAUAUUCCACUGGGCAGUGUUCAACAACAGAAAACGAUACCGGCAAACAUCGUAACACAGGAAAACCAURAUGACACGAAYUCCUUUCUAAAUCAGUCACUAAAUGGAAGCUUAAACAGGAGUGGGCAUGCGCGAGGGUUUGGUAUGCACACUUUGGAUCUACAAAGCCAGGAAGAGGCAGAGAAAAAAAGAUUAAAAAUGCUGGAACACCAGCGUGCUAUUCAAGAGCAAGUCGAGGAAAAUCGUCGUAAAAAGCAGUUGGAAAAAGAACAACGACUGAAAGAAGAAGCAAUCGAAGAAGCCCGUUUAGCCAAAGAGCGUGAAAAACUUAACCAGGCAUUUGCAAUUGAACAAAAACGGAAAAGGGAAAAAGAGGAAGAAGCAAAGCGCAUCAGUGAAGCUCUUCAGCAAAGUGUGUUAGAUGCUUAUGAGUCUGCACAACAGGCCAAGAGGGAAAAGCGCAAAAAGCAGUUGGAAGCUGGUGGCAAGAGUACAAGAGGUGGUGUGUCCAGUCGAUCGUACGUGGUGUCACGAACCUCAUCUCUUGCUCAUCAUGCUAUAUCACAUGACAGGCAGUCACAAUUGUCUCACUAUGCGUCACCUCGAGCACGUGAUUCACCAAGAACCAUACCACACGGUCACGUGUCCAAGGCUAGUCACCAGUCUUCAGUUGAGCCAUACGUCCCUCCUUUGAAUUUAGUACGUGGCGAUUCACCCCCAGUCCCUACGCUGCGUAACAAACUUCCAAAGCAUGUGAACCCACCCUCACAUAGAUCAGCUGCAACGCCGACAUCUGUAAAAGCCUCCCAUCUUCAACGAACUGUAAGCUCGACUUCUGAACCCUCUGGUGGUUCGAUGGCWCUUUCAACACGUAAAGAUACCCACAGAAGUGAAACUGAKUUUUUAACUUCUCUGGACGAGUUGUCUAGUGCAAGAUUCCAAKSCGAACAACCUCCGUUUGACACUGUUGAAGAUGCAUUCAUGAUACCUUAUCAUCGUACAGAYAGCGCUACACUUCCYGCCCCACCRGACACCCCACARGAUAUUGCACYUAAGGGGACUACAACGGUUAAAWCUAAAGAUAACCUGAAACAGAGUACGAAAAAGUCCCCUGGUAAAGAUGCAGUGCCYCCAAUGUAUCGUUCACAAUCAACGCAUUUGAAACCUGGGAAAAUAGAUGCGGAGGUAUCGUCUCGGAGGACAAAAGGACCAAAGCCAGCGCCCAAAGUKUCCMCUAGGGGGGUGGUGAAGAAGUCUUUGAAGGACAGUACUAAUAGUCUUACCCAKACAAGAACGAAACAUGUUGAUAAAAAACAACGCAGUUCAAGAAUAGACGCAGCUCUAUCUAGACUUUCACGACACCAGGAAAUUCAUGAAGCAUUGACAACACCACGACAAGAAUUGAUUCUUCAACAAUUGGCUGCUUUGCGGCAGGGUCUGAUUCUGAAAGAACAGGAACUCAAGCAAGGACUACAACCUUAGCACUGAUAAAACCUUGUCUCCCAAUAACGGCAAUAGGGAUACUAAACUCUACGUAUUGAUUAUGUAAUGAAAUGAAGUGUAUAAGGGAAGGG